AUGCAUCGGAAUAUAAUUUCUAUUCUUGGCCAUGACACGGUGGAAAACAUUUUGUACGGAGUAACUGCCAACGGAAGAACAAUUUUGAAAAGCACGAAAGGUCAUUCGUCAGAGUUCAUUACUGUUCCAGUGAGUGACUUUGAUACCGUUAAAGUCAAAGACACCACAAAUCUUGCUGUUAUGAUUGGAAGUGAAUUGAUUAUUAAUGACACCAACAGGACACCACCACCUGUGCAUACAGUAACUUCAACCAGCGGCACCAAGUGGGGAGGUAUAAAACUUUGAUACUGGAUCGGAGUAAUUCUAGUUAAAAGUAUGCCAUUCAGCGUUUCCGCGCGUUUCCUUCCGUGUAAUUGUAGGGAUUAGAGCAAUAGUUUCUAUAACACCAUCGUGAAAAAUGUCAUUUUUUUAUGUGCUGAAUGAUGAUGGACAAAUGGAAUAGCAGGUAGCCUGGGAAUAUUUAGUUCUAGCCUACGCCACGCUCAGAUAGUAGGGAUAUCGCGAAAUCAUUGUCAACAGAAAAUAGAGCGCACAUCAUCUGCCCUAAGCCUUAGCCACAGACGAGAAAAAAACGUUUGAUUAAGUCCGUCUAGGAGACAGCGUGGAAAUAACUCUGUUUCUGGGUUCCCACCAAAGUGCCAAGAUUUGAGUGCGAGCCAUGAUUGGUCUAUUAAAAAAGCCACUUUCUAUUUGCCAAUCGGGUCUAGAAUACUACCACGAAGCAAAAAAAGAAAAAUAAAUAAAAGAAAAAAGAAACUCAACGUUUUUCGAAAUAAUGGAUCUUUCACAUGUUUCUUUGUAGACUAUAAACACCACAGCCGGAGAGCGAGCGAAAAACUACAACUCACUAGCAUUAAAAAUAAAAUUAUUGCUCUUCCCUUUCUUUAUAUUGCAGUGUCAUCGCUUGGUGUUCACGUGGAAGAAUUAUUAAAGUGGAAACUUAAAGCAACCUGGAGCUGCCACGGUUAGUAAAUAACUUUCCAAGAUACAUGUAUCUCAGUGGCUUUAGAGGAGUUAAUAUGGAGCACUUUCUGAUGGGUCAACAGAGAGUGCUAAAAUAACCCAGAAAGGACUUUCCAUGAACAUAUUCGCUUGUUAUAUAUGGAUGAGACAGUCGUCCUUCUACCAUAGUUUUUGAUCCUCGAUUUGAAAUACUUAAGUGAUAUCAUGAUGGGUUGCUGCUAUUGAUGACUGAAAAAGGGUGUGUAUUUCUCCCCUCCGGGAAGGGGGCAUAGUACCAAGUUGUGGUCGGCUUAUGAGACACUUGUAUUUCAUUGUUUGCAAUCGACACUGCAAGAAGCUAUUCACUUAAAAACUUCGCAGCAAAAUGCCCUGAGAUUUACCCAUGAAGGUCUGUUUUUGUACAUUAGGUUGUUUUCCUUGUCACUUCGACUUUGAAAGUGGUAGUCUUGAUGGUUGGGUUAAGUCUGGCAGUGCGUUUAAUAAUCAGCCAACCUAUCGGGACAACCCAACAGCACGUGGCAGAGGGCAGCCUUGCAAACUAACAGAGAGAUUGGUGGAUCGCCAGUUUUGA